CUCAGAGCAAAGAACUUCUGUCACGUCGUUCGGACGACAGUGCAGCCAAAAGUUGCCGUUUCUCCCCGUUUGUUUGCGCCUGACGCGCGUCGGUGAAUGGAUUGGCUGGUUUUUUUCCGGGGAAAACGAGCAGGGACAAAAGUUUGCUGAGGUCUGUUUGAGCCUCCUUCCGUUGAUCUGGAUGCGAACAGAGCCGCUCUCUGCUCGCCACAGCCGCCGUCCACUGUGGCUGCUUUGUGAAGGCGCUGCGUGUGCGUCCCGCACGCACGGAUCUACUUGGCUCGUUGCUCGCUCCUCUCCUUUUAGCCGCUCCGACUUUUCCGCUGUUCCGCACUUGCGUCAUGACUUCUAGCUAUGCACAUGUAAUGGACAGGCAGGCCUCCAUAUCAAACCGCCUGGAGAGUCCGCUCACGUCGAACCUGGACAACCUGCAGGCCAAAAAGAACUUCUCGGUGAGCCACCUGCUGGACCUGGAGGAAGCGGGGGAAAUGGUGGGCGCCCAGGCGGAGGAGAGCGUCGGGGAGGCGGGGAGGAGCAUGCUGGAGUCCCCGGGUCUGACCAGCGGCAGCGACACGACCCAGCAGGAGAAUGAACAGAUGAACACGGAGGAGAAGAAGAAGAGGAAGCAGCGCAGGAACAGGACCACCUUCAACAGCAGCCAGCUGCAGGCUCUGGAGCGCGUGUUUGAGAGGACGCACUACCCCGACGCCUUCGUCCGAGAGGACCUCGCCCGCCGGGUCAACCUCACCGAGGCCCGAGUCCAGGUUUGGUUCCAGAACCGAAGGGCUAAGUUUCGCAGGAACGAGCGUGCGAUGCUGGCCAGCAAGAACGCCUCGCUCGUCAAGUCCUACUCUGGAGACGUGACGGCCGUGGAGCAGCCCAUCGUGCCGCGGCCCGCGCCCCGCCCCAACGACUACCUGUCCUGGGGCAGCGCCGCCCCCUACAGCUGGUACCCGAUGCCGGAGGCGGCGCCGGUGCGAGUGCCACAGAAAAUGCUGCCCUCAGAGAACAACGCCAUGGCGACGUACCCGCCCACCUGCUCCAACACCAACACGUCCCAGGGCAUGAACAUGGCCAACAGCAUCGCCAACCUGCGGCUCAAAGCCAAGGAGUACAGCCUAAACCAGGUGCCCACGGUCAACUGAGAGGAGCGGAGGCCCGACCCGACCCGACCCGACCCGACCCGACCCGACCCGACCCGCGAGGAGCCUGCUCUCACAGAACCUGGAUUGUUGCAGCCGUGCUCUGUGGAGCCUGGAGGCCUUAAAACGAAGGACGGCGCUGAACUCUGGUCUGGACCAAAACACCAAGCGGAUGCUGCUUCUGCAUCGGUGGUCGGGACCGACCCAAAGCUCCUUCCUGUCAAAGUCUGGAUUUGCAUCGUCUCAUCGGCUGAUGGAUACAAGUACAGACCCGAACUGGAAUCAGCGAGCGGACGACCUCCCCCUCUGACAUUUAUCUGUUUGUUUUAUUUUGUUCUAUGUUCGUUACUUGCCAUGUUAUACCACUGACAAGCCAACAUCUUCAUGUAAUAGUCCAAUAUAAAUGAGAGACUAAUGUACUUCUCCGAAGCAGCAGAUUCUGUGUUUUCUAUGAUACGCUUUAUUUGUAACAGAAUGAAACUCGUAUAUGAAUAAAAUGCAUUUGAACAGC